GAGCGAACAAUGCGCCUCGAUCCCGACUGGGUCGCUUUGGGGGGGCGGGGAAGCGGGAAAAGCCGCGCUUUCGGCAGCGGAGCGGGCGAGCGAGCACAGAAAGGCUAAGCUACCAAACCAGGCGGCGGCACCGCCUUCUUAGUUGAAAGAGCCCGGCGCUUGCACUUUUCCAGGCGGAGGAGCGCGCCCUACCGCGCGCUGCGCUCAGGUGAGCUCCCGUCGCAGGUGGGACGCGAGCAAGCCAUGGAGCUCGACCUGCCUCAGGCGCCGCCGGCGCCGCCCUACUUCUACGACCACCAAGAGUCGCCCGGCGACGACUUCCACCGCUCGAGCGCGCCCAGCGAGGACAUCUGGAAGAAGUUUGAGCUGCUGCCCAGUCCGCCGGCCUCGCCGCUGGCGCCGGGCCCCGCCGAGGACGCGGCCGCCGACUACCUGCUGGAGCCCGGCCGGCUGCUGGGCAACCUGAGCGCCUUCGUCCUCCGCGACUGCAUGUGGAGCGGCUUCUCGGCCCGCGAGCGCCUGGAGAAAGCCAUGGGCGAGAAGCUGACCGCCAAGCCGCCCGCCCAGGGCCCGCCAGCCGCCGCCGCCCCCACCGCCGCCCAAGCACCGCACGACGCCGCGCUAGGCGGGCUGUGCGUGGCCCCCGGCGCCGUCUUCGCCUGGCCCGCCGACUGCAAGCUCCCGCCCUCCUCCGGCUCCGAGAGCCAAAGCGAAUCGGAAGGGGAAGAAAUUGACGUGGUGACGGUUGAGAAGAGGCAGUCGCUGGGUGUGAGGAAGCCGGUCACCAUCACUGUGCGGGCUGACCCCUUGGACCCUUGCAUGAAACGUUUCCACAUAUCCAUCCACCAGCAGCAGCACAAUUACGCAGCCCGCUCACCACCCGAGGCUUGCUCCUGCACGGCUGCCUUGGAGAAAAGCAGUCAAGAGGAAGAGGAGGAGGAGGAGGAGGAUGGUGGUGCACAGUCCCUGAGGCAAGUGGCAGAGCCUUCCUCUCUUGAACCUUUCCUCCUGAAAUCCGGGAGCGCUCCCAGUUCGGACAGUGAAGACGUGACCAAGCGGAAAAACCACAACUACUUGGAGCGCAAGCGGCGCAACGACCUCCGCUCGCGUUUCCUGGCACUGAGGGACCAGGUCCCUGGUCUCGCCACCUGCCCCAAAACCCCCAAAGUGGUGGUGUUGAGCAAAGCGUCAGAGUAUCUGCAGUCACUACUCAAAGCAGAGCAGCAGAUGGUUGCUGAGAAGAAGCUGCUAAAAUUGCAUCAGCUUCAGCUGUUGAAACGGAUUUCGUACCUCAAGAGUGCGCAUUAGCUGCCAGGAACUCCAAACUGCUUGCCAGCCUGAUCUCUGCACUUUUUUGUUGGGGGGGGGGGACCAAACAAAAACAAAUUGGUUUGUUGACUUGCAGAUCCCAGAAUGCAAUGCAGCUGGUGCACACAAAUGGGGGCUUGCAUUCCAUACACUAUUUUCCACCCUGGUCUUCUCUCUUAGCCAGUUAUGGGUGCUGGAGAAUCUCCUAAGUUGUGCAGGAGUGAUGAUGAUCAGGGCAGUGGGGUUGAGCGGGGUUUAGCUACUCAGACUUCAGCUUCUACAGCAAAAUGCUGACUUCUUCACAGGCUGAAUGAGCCUCCAUUCCGGUUGGGAUCACCAGAAGCCUGAGUGUUUCUCUGGAAAAGCAUCUUGUGGAAUGCUUCACAGUACUUUCUGACAGAGGGGCCUGAGUCAACAUUUCUAAAGCUGGGACAAAGAUGGACCCUUCAGUUGUCUCUCUCAAGAGGCUUAUUCUGUUUCCCCCAGUCAAAGUUGGAUUGUAAACACUGGCUAUGGAUAGUUCUACAUACCCUCUUUUCUCCCCAGGCUCUGCUUCUUGCCACUGGCAUUUAAGAAGACAGAUAUAUUGUGCAAUUUGUUUCUUUUUUUACAAUGGUCCUACGCAAUAGACUUUCCCCCACCCCCAAGCACACUCCCCCGCCCUAUUUUCCAAUGUUGUUUAGGAUUGACAGCUCUCUUCCCUUCUUGGAAUUUAUUAUGGGUGAAUUUUUAAAUGUCGCCACCUCUGAUGUCCUGGCUAGGGCUUAUGGGAGUUGUAGCCCAAAACAUCUGGAGGGUACCAGGUGGAGAAUGUCACAUUAUGUGAAGUUAUUUCACAGCUGACACUUGAAGACAGCUUAAAUCUGGCUUUUGCUUGAGAUAUACAGCUAGAUAACCCCUCAGGCUAAGAUCAGUGCCUUUCACACUUGAGGUGGAAAAAAAUAUUGGGCAGAUCUACACCAUGCACACAUGACUUCCCCCACCCAAUCCCCAAAGAAUCCUGGCAUCUGUAGUUUCUCACAGAGCCAGAAUUCCCAGCACCCUCAACAAACUAAAGUUCUUUGGGUCCCCGGAUUCUUUGGGUGAAAACAUGUGCUUUAAAAUGUAUGGUGUGAUUCUGCCCUUAAUGGCAUCAGCAUAAUAGACCCCAAAGUGGAUUGGUUUCAAUGGGAUUGAUUCAGGUGAACUUCUAAUCAGUUGUGUCCAGUGAUGAGACCUGACUGCUGUCUUGCUGUAUCAACCUUGAAUCUGCCCCUCGGGGGUAAUUCCUCUUUCUGAGAUGGAGGGGUGCAGAACCUUCUCUCAAGAACUGUUAGAGGCUUGAUGUGUGCAUUUAAGACAUUCUUCCCCCCCUCCCCCCCAACUGCUCCUUCACUGGAAAUGCACUGAGAUCACCUUGGAUUUCAUUUACCUCAUACUUAUUUUUCCACUUGGGCAAUGCAGCUGCUUGUCUUUGGUUUUGUAUAUCCUAGAAUCCAUUGUUGUGACUGCCUGAUUCUUUAUACUGGAUGGCUUUUUUUAAGAUAUACUAUUUUUAUACUUUUUUUUAGAAAUUAUUUUGUAAAAUACUUGUUCUCUCUUUCCUCCCAGCUUUUCAAAGAUAAAACAGUGGGUAGAGGGCUCUCAGUACUGCUUUUGUAGACGAGAUCGUUCAAACUGAGAUUCAGCAGGAAAAAAAUACUUCUGUUUUGACUAGAAAAUGAUUUCCUAAGUCAGUGGUCUGGUCCCAAGUUUCAAGCACCAAUAAUGAGACUAUUGGACAUCUUAAGGGUGUUUUGGUAGAGUGGGUGGGUAAGGGAGUCCCUAGAUGGGAACACUGUAAUUUCAACUGCCCCCUAUAGAGAAGUUUUCUACUGAAGGUGUCCUACUGAUUCUUAAGACUAAGAGAAGCCUUUCCCCCUCCACCUUCCCUUUCUCUGGAAAUAAAAGGGCUGCAUGAAUAUAUUUUGGGGAAAAUGUGCAGUGUGGCGUUAAUUGAUGUUUACUCACAGCUAGGUUCCACUGUGUCGCCCCCAGGAAAGGGAGCACCUCAGUCCCAUGCAUAAAGAGAAAGAAAGCAAUGAUAAUGUGGUGUUGUGUUUUUUGCUCUGGUUUUGCCAGGUCCUUAACAGCUUUUGUUGAGCUGGCUGGGGCUACCCCCCCUCUCCCUCCUUCCCUUUUAUGCAGAUCCCUCCCACCCAUCCUCCUUUGUCUCUUGGGUAGGGAGAGGCCAGAGCUGGAGGUGAUGGAUGACCCUUUAUCUUGGCUUGCACACAGUUUGGUGGGCGCAGACUGGUCUCCCACAAUGCAUUGGGGGCUCCUUCAGGCGUUCCUUGACUGGCCCGCUGGAGCCUCAACGCUGGGUGGUCAGACUUAGCACUUUCUUUGUUACCUCGCACUUCUUAAAUAAACGGAAUCUCAAAAAGGACAGGCUGAGUCUGCUUUUCCCCCCUCCCUUUUUGAGCCAAGGGAUGUAUGCGAGACCCUUAUCUGCAAAGAUAAAUCAGUCUUCGUGGUUGUAAUUUAGUUGAAUGCAUGUUUGUUUAGUUAUGUAGAGGAGGGGAAGAGGAGAAAGUUUGGACAAUAUCCUGGAAAAAGAGAACCAGGGGAGCAUGGUUCUGGCAUGUGCUCCCAAUGAAGAGCAUGGGAAACGGAGAAGAAGUAGGAGAGCUGUCAUAGCCCGCAGCUGAAUCAACCCAUCCACAUGCAGCUAAUAAGAGAGUGUAGGCAGGAAUUCUUUCUGUGCUGCUCUUGAUGUGUGGUGAUUCUUUUAUGUUUAUAUAGGACCUGGGGGGAUUUUACAGUAUUCUAUAGGCUUAUGAUGAUCUUGGGAUAAGAAAAAGACAUAAAUGGAAGACAGUAUUUCAGCAGCAGUAGUAGAAAAUGUAAAAAGCUGUGUAUUUGAGGUGAUUAACUGUAUUUGCACAUCAUCUUUCCUCUGCUGGGAGAUGGACCAGACCCUCUCUGAAGCACUGAGCCCACCUUCUCACCUGUCUGAAAGUCCUGCCCCUGCUUUCAUUUCCCUCUUAUUGGCUGCACAUUUCUAUGUUCAGCAGUGUAGCUGAAAGAUCUUUUUGUAGGAAUUAAUGCACCCUAAAUCUUUUGGCCCCCUUAGAGUUGGAUCCAGUUCUCUGCAACAAGCAUUCCUUUCUGUGUCUGCCUGCCACUGGGAGCCAUCAGAAGUGGAGGCAAUGUAUCAGCAGAGCCCCUCAGGAAUCCUGGCAAAACAGAAUUUCUGCCUCUGUAGCACGUUGGGCUAGAUGAACUUUGGGAUGCUUUCAGCUCUGAUUCUGUCAGAGCCAUCCUGGUUCUGCUUAGCUCAACAACCUCUAAUAAAAAAGAAAAACCCAUCACUAUCAGAGGCAGGCUCUUUCACGGGGAAUCAGCUUGCACCAUUAGGAAGUUCAUCCUUGUUUAGUCUAUACAGUAUUUCUCUACCAGUUCAGGUCCUAUCCUUGGAACCAACAGAUGGUGACAAUUUGUUUCUAUAUGACAGCCACCUUCACAGUGUUGAAUGGCUCUCCUGUCACAUCAUUUCUUCAGACUUCACCUACCCACUUCCUUCAACAUUUCCUCACAGGACUGUCUCCAGGCCUCUCACCAUCUUUGUUGAUAUUCUCUGGGCACAUUUAACAUUGCUGAUAUCCUAAAACCAUUGUGUCCAGACAGAAAGCAGAAGAGAGUGGCUAACCAGGUGACCUGGAAUCAUAGUCUUUAAAUAGCUGUUCUUGCAUAGAAAAUAAUGGUAAGAUAAGAGGACUUUUACUUGAGGGGGUGUUUUUAAACAAGGCAAAUGGGCCUAAGAACAUUUGGGUUUUACUCAUAUCUCACCACAAUGCAUUAAAAAGCAAGUUUUCUUCCCCUCAUUCUGAGAAGUUUUAGAACAAGCUGAACGGGUCGCACUUCUAGAACAGCAGCUGUAUCAGUGUGUUGUACUAAAGGAAAAUCCUCUCUGCAUAUGUAAUUUGAGAAUGGACCUGUCUAGGAUUGAGCAUUGUAAUCUAAGGUGCCAGGAUGAAAGGGUCUUUGGGCUGUAUCCCACUAAGUCCUCUGUAGAGAAGAUCCAUUGAAAUAAAUGGAUCUGAGUCAUGUUCAUUAUCUUCAGUGACUCUACUCGUGAGUAGGAGUAGCAUUGACUACACCCCUUCAUGCCUGGCUCAUUAAACUACACCCCUGCCCUCUCCUGGCAUUUGGCCCUCAAUCCUGAGAGAAGGUGGCCCUCGGCAUGAAAACAUUGCCUACCCUUGCAGUAGACGAUGACUAAGCACUUUAGGAAAAUCAAAGCAUGAAUCCUCCACAAGCAGAUGGGAAAAGGUUUCUCUUUUAUUAAGGAGAUUAAGGAGAGGCUGGGACAUGUCUGAGUCCCAUUGCAAAAUCAGGUAUGUAGGUCAGGUGCCUCAGGACUUCAGUAGCUCUGUGGCUUCUAAAAAUAGGCACCGCUGAUGAAACAGACUUAUUAAUAAGUGCUUUACAAUUCUGUUUGCUCUCAGUGUGAGGUAGAUUACUGAUAUUCCCAUUUUACAGAUGGGGUAUUGGGUAGGAGGUUGUGAUUUACCGGAGCCUCCCAGUGGCAGAGCUGGAAUUUGGAUCAAGGUCCAAAACAAAAUGAAAUAAUGUCUUAUUAAUGAAGACUGACAAUUCAUUUUUCAAUGGCACAAUAAAUGUUCAUGCUAAUAUGUUGCAUAGUGACUACUAACAAUAAAUUAUCUUAGUAGCAUGAAUUGCACCUUGGGACCUAUGAAGUACAAAGUUAGGCUGGCCAACUGAACACUAUGUUGCUGGCUCUGGUUAGCAGCUCAUAAACUGAACAUGCUGGGAACUGAACCUGAGACGUUCUGCGUGUAAACCACAUGUAGCACGGAGCAAAAGAACCUUAAGCAUCCAGCUCUCUCUUGUCAUUCCAUGGGCUUGUGUGGGUUUUCAGCUUGGGCAGAUCAUACCCUUAUAGGAAGAAGAGAGCAACAGGAUUCUCAUGAAAUGAACUCUCUUAAAGUGGAGCUUUAUUUGCAGGGUUUCUUCCUGCCUUUACAUGCCAAAGUGGAGUACUUAAGGCUGUCAAACAUGAAAUAAAACCACACCUCUACUCGUAACCAAAAACACCAUCAUAAUUCCAAAGGGAGGAAACUAUAGAUGGGUAGCCCUGUCGGAAUCCUACCUAGCAGUCUUCACAUGACAGCAGAACAGCAUCCAGGGUGGUAGUGUUGGAUGUUAGAAGAAAGAA